AUGCUGCUGCGAAGUGCCUGCAGGCGGGCUGUCGCCGCCGCCGCCGCCGCCGCCGCGACGCCCGCAGCUCCGGGGCCGCGGCCCAGGGCCUCCGGUCGCGGUCUGCGCCUGCGUGCUGUGGACCAUGCUUCCCAGUCUGCUGUCCCUCCAGGUCCGACCAAUGCUCCGGAGGAGUCAGUGUUGAGACCUCUAUAUAUGGAUGUACAAGCCACUACGCCUCUGGAUCCUCGAGUGCUUGAUGCCAUGCUUCCUUACCUAGUCAACUACUAUGGGAACCCACACUCCCGGACACAUGCUUAUGGCUGGGAGAGCGAGGCAGCCAUGGAACAUGCUCGGCAGCAAGUAGCUUCUCUGAUUGGGGCUGAUCCUCGAGAGAUUAUUUUCACUAGUGGCGCUACUGAAUCCAACAACAUUGCAAUUAAGGGGGUGGCCAGGUUCUAUCGUUCACGAAAAAAACACUUGAUCACCACCCAGACUGAACACAAAUGUGUCUUGGAUUCCUGCCGUUCGCUGGAAGCAGAGGGCUUUCAGGUCACCUAUCUGCCAGUGAAGAAGAGUGGAAUCAUUGAUCUAGAGGAACUGAUGGCUGCCAUUAAGCCAGAUACUGCGCUGGUGUCAGUCAUGGCUGUGAACAAUGAAAUUGGAGUUAAGCAACCCAUUGCGGAAAUAGGUCAAAUAUGCAAUUCCAGAAAGGUGUAUUUUCAUACGGAUGCAGCCCAGGCUGUCGGAAAAAUCCCACUUGACGUGAAUGAUAUGAAAAUUGAUCUCAUGAGUAUCAGUGGUCACAAGCUUUAUGGUCCCAAAGGGGUUGGUGCCAUCUACAUUCGCCGCAGACCCCGUGUGCGUGUGGAGGCCCUGCAGAGUGGCGGGGGACAGGAGCGAGGAAUGCGGUCAGGAACAGUGCCCACCCCAUUGGUGGUAGGACUAGGGGCUGCAUGUGAGGUAGCCCAGCAAGAGAUGGAGUAUGACCACAAAUGGAUCUCCAAGUUAUCUGAGAGGCUUAUCCAAAAGAUAAUGAAGAAUCUGCCCGAUGUGGUGAUGAAUGGGGACCCUGAGAACCAUUACCCAGGCUGUGUCAACCUUUCCUUUGCAUAUGUGGAAGGGGAAAGUCUGCUAAUGGCGCUUAAGGAUGUGGCCCUCUCCUCAGGAAGUGCCUGCACCUCUGCAUCUUUGGAGCCUUCAUAUGUUCUUCGAGCAAUUGGCACUGAUGAGGAUCUGGCUCACUCUUCAAUCAGGUUUGGCAUCGGCCGUUUCACUACAGAGGAAGAGGUGGACUACACAGCAGAGAAAUGCAUUCAACAUGUGAAGCGUCUUCGCGAAAUGAGCCCUCUCUGGGAAAUGGUGCAGGAUGGCAUUGACCUCAAGAGCAUAAAGUGGACGCAACACUAGAAGAAUGGAUUUUUGACUUUGUGCUGGCUGUCUCCCUCCUCCCUUGCUUAUGUACAGUGUGCACCUUUCUAUAUCAGGGUGUACCUCCUAUUCACACAGAAUUGCUGUUGCCUGGAUAUCUUCAGCAUCAGCCCACCUGUAUGCCAGGACACAAGGAAACUAUUCCCAGGCUCAGCUUUUCUGGUUGGGGACUUUCUCCAGUACUCUCAACUUGUUCUCCUCUGGUCUUACAGUGUGUGUGAUCUGAAACUAGAGGGAUAUCUGUGAUGAUAUUUCUAGAUGGACAUGCUUCUUAUUAAGGAAAACCAAAGGAAACAGAAGAAAGCUCUUCAUUUAGAAAAACCGCUAUGCUCUCUGUAUGUUGACAUUUGAGUUUGUCAUUUACUGCUGCUCUAUGAUAUGGACUUUUUCAGGAACAAACAUCAACAACUUUUGUGUGUGUGGUUCCAAAGUCCAUUUCAUUAUAUUGACUUUAGACCAAACAGCAGGUUUCAUAGAAACCUUAUAUUUUUUCUCCUCUUGUUCUUUCUUUCUUUAACGAAAUAGAAAUAUCUAUGUAACUUUCCUUAGUAUUCUAAUAAUUUAUGUUUCUUUUUUAAAAAUGUUAAUGUGCUGAUGAGAGAAAUAAAUCACUGUUCUAUAUUUA